UGUUCGCUUGUGUUUCGUAGUGGUGGUGGUUAACCCGGCCAACCUGUGGGACAGGCAUGUGGAAAACCCGUUAAUGUCCACGAGAGUGGCAAUUUGGUUUCUUCAUUCAAAACAUUUUUUUGUAGUCAAUUGGUUUAAUAACACCGUCUGUUGGAGGCGGUUGAAUUUCGUCUCUGCGUGGCGCUGAAUCGGAAAUCAUCGGAACAGCGGGAGAAGGCAAGGAGAAAUGUCGCACCGCUCAUCCUCCCGUGGUUCGUCUCGGGCCACCGACUGUAAAGUGUACGUGGGAGACUUGGGCAACGGUGCCGCCAAGGGGGAGCUGGAGCGAGCGUUUAGUUAUUAUGGCCCACUGAGAACCGUCUGGGUGGCCAGGAACCCACCUGGGUUCGCCUUUGUGGAGUUUGAGGAUCCCAGAGAUGCAGAAGAUGCUGUGAAAGGCAUGGAUGGAAAGCUCCUCUGUGGUUCACGUGUACGCGUGGAGUUGUCAACUGGCCUCUCCAGGAAGGGCCGCGGGCGCCCCAGCCGACGGCAGUUUGACCCCAGCGAUCGGUGUUACCAGUGUGGGGACCGAGGCCACUACGCCUACGACUGCUACCGCUUUAGCAAGCGAGGAGGCCGCCGCAGCAGGUCUCGCUCCCAUUCCCGAUCUCGGUCCAGAUCUCGGUCCAGAUCUCGGUCCAGGUCCCGCGGGCGCCGUUAUCACACUCGUUCCCGCUCCCGCAGUCGCAGCCAAAGCCGGAGCCGCCGCCGUUCUCCAUCCUAUUCCAGACGCAGGAGCAGGUCCGGCUCCCCAGCCCGCUCCAAGUCAAGGACUCCAGUGAGAAGAAGUCGUUCCAGGUCUCGGUCCGCCUCCGCGCCCAGAAGGCGCUCCGUCUCCCGCUCACGAACCCCGGUGGCCAAUCACAAGAGGAAAAGCGUGUGGUGGGAGCUGAGCACUGCACUGACACUGCAGCUGACACCAGGCCCAGGGUCUGCCAGCUGGCGGUGUGCACGUCCUGCGGGAGGGUGACUAAGCGCUGACCUGAGAUCAGCCUUCGCCUGCAUCCGGCGUUAGACAGCGAGAAAGAGGUCGACCUACCGACCGAACCCUCCCAUGCAGUGAAUGGGCCACCCGGUCUGUUCAACCGGCGCACACGCUCAGACGAGAUCCGCCCUCGCACACGUACGGUAGAUCUACUAGAGCCAGCCAGCCUUCAGACGUACCAGAGGCCGACCCGCACAGAUCAGAGCUCGACCACUACUGUUUAAAAUCCAUUUCCUACCUACCAGACCUACCAGAGUUCUUCGGCCUCUGUCUUAGCUUCUGAGGGUGAGCUGACGAGAGAUCAGUCUUCAAGAGCCUUCGCAGCGGAGUGUCUCCAAGUUGUAGUCAUCCGUCCGACAGUCCUUUCAUCCUUCGCUUCUCUGUACUUGUUGUUUCUGCCACUGUCUCCAAAGGUAACCAAAAACCAAACCCCCUGACAAGUUCAUGUUCAUAGUGAAAGAUAAUGCACAGGGUUGAUGUAGUUCUGGGAGUAAAACUGUUGAUUGUCAAGCUAAAGUUGAGCCUUUUCUUUUUUUUAACAAGCAUGUUCAGAGUGUGUGUGUGCAUGUGAGUGGAUGAGUGAGUACAAGAGAAGAAGGCCAGAUGUUAUUUUAAUGGGCUGAUAUCUCUGAGGAGGCUUUGUCAGAUAUGUUUAUUUAAUUUUCUUGUGCCAUACAUGUUUGCAAUAUCAUUACCAUUUAAGGCUGCGUUACCAUCCGAGUAUAGUGGAAACCACUUCUGUUGGAUCAGGAAGCUUGAGACCGACUCGUUCCUAUGCUUCUGGCUGUAGAAUCGUUUUCAGCUUAACAAAAUAGUGUGGUAGUAUGGGAUGUUGUUGCGUUGUGUAGUCGACACAUACACACAGAUGGUCGUGAUUGCUGGCUAUGGAGGCAUAAAGCAUGUGUACACUUGCAGCAGUACUGUGUUGUGAAGUAUAUCAAAUUCAGCCAAUUGCCAAUAUGUCUGUUUAUGUAAAACAAUCUAAUAUGUCAAUUAAAUGGUUUUCUGCAAGAGAAAUAAAGAAACAAAAUAUAUCUAAUAAUCACCCACUCUGGAUCCAAAUUGAUCCGGAGGGACCUGAUCACUUCUAAGAGGUUUCCACUGUACUUGCUUUUAGUGCCCAUACUUGGUCCAAUAAAAAAUGGUGGCUUUCAAAUAUGCAGUUGGUAAAGAAUAGUUUCCUUCCAACUCUUUUUUGUGUGUUUGUAGACACAUAAUAAUUAAGUUCUCAAACUCUCCUCAGAGCAGUAACCAUGCUAAGAAAAUUCAUGUGAGACCUGCGUCAGUUAUUGUAGUUUUAAUUGUUUUGCCUUAGUGGGGCUUUAAUUAUAUAUUAAGUUGUUUGACCCUGGACAGUUAUUUCUUUGAAAUACAAAGAUUAGUUGCCUCAAGACAGAUUUUAUAAUAUCUGGAUCUUGAUAUGAAUGUUUUUGCUUUAGAGUCCAAAAGAGAUUUUAUUGGACUUCGUUAUAAGGUGUACACUGUUAAGAUGAUGAGUUAUGUGUUGUUGUUUAUAUUGUGUGUGUGUGUGUGUUGAUCUUCCAUCCUCCCCUGCAGGGAGCUAACCCCUCUUCCUUUCUGUUUCAGUCGCUCCCGUUCAGCAAGUCCACACCGAAGCCCCACGGCAGCAGGCGACUGACUGAAGAAGAUUUGUUAGUUUAACCCCCGCCCUGCACCCGUCUGCUUUUACAGCCCUACAGCAGCUUUUUUUGUAAUUAUUUUUUUAAUCUGUCCUAUUCUUUUUUUUUUUUAUUCUUUUUUUUCUUCCCCAGGGCUGUAGUUGUUCAUGCAGUCUCCUAUUGUUGAAGGUUUAGUCAGUAUAGCAGACAAAAAUCAGUUUCCAUUAGAUAGAUUGUUUUUUUAUAGUUCUGCUGCUGCAUGUCUUGCCUCUCCUCUGAAGUGGCGUAUUUAGUGUAAGAAGAAACAACCUCAUUAGGGCAAUGCCGAAUGUUGCCGUUGACCGUUGGCAGCGAUAACUGGCUUGUACAGCAGAUAGAUUUAAAUUUUUUGUGGAAGAUGAGCCCAGUCGAUGCGGUUCUCGAGGGUGAAAUUACUACGUUAAAAGUCCCUAAAAUGUCCCCAUUCAGAAUUGGCAAUAUGAUCAAUUAUAUAUUGUUUUUGGAUUUGAGUUAAAUGCUGGUAUAAGUUGCCGCUUACGACGGCAUCAGGAGGUAGUUGCUGGCCUGCAUGCCUUUAAAUACGAUGUCACAUUCCUACUGUUUGUUGUUUCUGUGCUGCACUGUCCCUUUUUAUGAGCCUGUUCACUGUGCUGAACAGAUUUCCCCCAUGUGUUGAUCUCUGAUUUGUUCCAGUGUCUUUAAUUUUAAGAUAUACAGUGCUGUCUGAUUUCUAGAAGGGCUGCUUUGACAGUUGUGUUAUGUUCCUGGCUUGAUUGUUAACAGUGGCAGUUUUAUUUUUGAAUAAACCUCUUCAACAUA